AUGUCAACGUUUCUCCCAGAGAAAAAAACAAAUGUGGGUACAAAAAAAACUUAUGAGACUUUUCAGUAUGUCCCAAUUAUUGAAACGUUGAAAUUAAUAAUGUCUCACUCAUCCAUGCGGAAUUAUGUUCGUUCUGAACAAAACAGCUCAGAUAAUUUACUUGUAACUUUUAGAGAUGGAAUCAGUUAUAAACAAUAUCCAUUUUUUCUACGUUAUCCAGACGCAUUAAGAAUUCAACUGUAUUAUGAUGAUGUAGUUCUUAAUAAUCCAUUGGGCUCUAAAGUUUUUCAUCCUCACAAAAUUGGAGCUUUUUAUUUUGUAAUUCAAAAUUUGCCUCAAUAUAUUAACUCUUCUUUGGGAGGAAUUCAUAUUCUUAGUUUGUGUCAUACUGCUGAUAUUCAAAAAUAUGGCAUGAAAGCUAUAUUUAAACCAUUUUUGCUGGAUUUAAAUAAACUUGAAAGUGACAAUGGUGUAAAUGUUAUAUAUAAUGGAACACAUUUCGUAUUAAGAGCAAGUAUUGCUGCAGUUUGUGCUGAUGGAUUGGCCCCGCAUCAGUUAUUAGGAUUUUUAAGUCCAUCUGCUAAAUAUUUUUGUAGACUUUGUAUGAUCAAUAGAGAUGACUUCAAGAAUAAUAGAAAUUUAAAUGUUGUUUCUUUACGUACAAAGCAGCUACAUGACAAACAAUUAAAAGAAAUAAAUACUCAACAAACAUUAAAAGAAAUUGAAAAUUCUAAAACAAAGUCAGGUAUUCUAGAAGAUAGUGCAUUACAUUCUUCUCGCUUUUUUCAUUGUACAAAUAAUUUUGUCUUUGACCCUAUGCACGAUAUUUUAGAAGGUAUCGCACCAAUGGAAUUAAAAUUGGUUUUGCACUAUUAUAGCACUUGUGAUGAUUAUAAUUUUAACAUAGAUAUGUUCAACAACAGAAUAAAUUUAUUUCGAUAUGGUUUACCAGAAAAUAAAAAUAAACCUUCCGUAAAUUUUUCUUCAGCUUCUAUUAAAUAUCAAAAGGAUUACAAACUUUCACAAACUGCUGUGCAAACAUGGUGUUUAUUAAAAGUUUUUCCCUUCGUGGUUUCAGAUUUAGUACCUGAAAAUGAUAAAUAUCUAUCGUUAAUUUUAAUAUUGAAUAGAAUAAACAAAAUAGUAUUUGCUCCAACAUUGACACGCUCUAUUUUGCCAUAUUUAUCAGAAUUAAUCGAGGAACACAAUUGUUUAUUCCGAGAAUUAUUUCCAGCUAUAAGUCCAAUUAAUAAGCAUCAUCAUUUAACUCACUACCCUCAGUUUUGGGGUACUAAUGAAGAGCCGAGAAUCAAAUUAAAAUAUGGUAACGGAUGUAAAGUUUAUGUUGAAAAUACUUAUUGCUGGCAGCAAUUAUAUCACAUAAAAUAUCAGGGCAAAGACAAAAUUAUUAAAGUUGAUAAAGCAGAGGUUUACAGUACAGAAUAUCGAAAAGGAUGUGUAAGCAAGCAUAGAAUUUACGAUAAAAAUCAAGAAUUAGUACCGUGUUCUGGCCCAUUUGACAGAUUUACAAUUGAAAGUGAAGCAGAUAUGAAGAAAGCAUCGGCAGUGGCCGGGGGCGGCAGGGACAGGCUAGGAUCUACAGGAUCUACAGGAUGUGUAAGCAAGCAUAGGAUUUACGAUAAAAAUCAAGAAUUGGUACCGUGUUCUGGCCCAUUUGACAGAUUUACAAUUGAAAGUGAAGCAGAUAUGAAAAAGGCAUCGGCAGUGGCCGGGGGCGGCAGAGACAGGCUAUGA